AUGGCGGACGCGAACCGGUGGUGGGGGGCAGCGAAUGUGGUGUCGCAAGCCUUCGUGCAAGCUGUCGGCACGGAAGAAGUCUUCAGGUCGAUCAACCUCGCCAUCGCCAAGUUCGAGGCGCGAGCCGGGUUGCUGCGCGCGAUCCGCGACGGCGCCACCCUCGAGGAGGCGACCGCAGGCUACGUCGAGCCGGGUCCCGCCGGGGUCCUCCCCGCCGCGCUCCUCGAGGACGCCCGGCGCGGCAUCAAGCGCCGCCGCUCGCUCCACGCCUUGGCCCGCGGCCUCCCCCUCUGCACCCAUGCACUGGGCCGGGCACCCGAUGCGGAGACGACCCAGAGAUGGGAGAACUGCAACGUCGCCGUGCUCACCUACGCCCGCCGCGCGCAGACGAGGCUGCGCAACGCCGCGUCGCUCUACAAGGCGGCCGUGGACGCCAUCGACUUGGCCUCGGUGCUUCCGUUCGGAGCCCCGCUCCGCGUCGCCUGGAUGGGGGCGGCCGAGCAGCUCACGAGGCUUGCCGCCAGGGAGGCCACCAUGGCGCGCGACAACAUGAUCAUGAUGGGGCUAGCCGUUAGUCAGCAGGCCUGGGUCGCCAAGGCCAUGAUGGGGCCUGCGCCAGGCGCGCUCGGCGGAGGAAUCAACAACUAA